AUGGACAAAUUACCUAGCCAGCCAUCACCGGUUCCAUUGUUGGUCUUUGUGCACGGGCUAGGAGGCUCGUUGGCGCAGUUCAAUCACCUAUUGACAAGCUUAUCCAAUGUCGGCCCGUGCUUUGGAAUUGAUCUACCAGGUUGUGGAUUAUCAACUUUUGCGCCCACGUCCUGGGACGCUUAUACGGUGGAGGCGCUUGCGGAACUCCUUGCUGUUGCCGUCGACCAACAUCGCGACAAAGAAGCUGGCCAAGGAGUUGUACUGAUCGCUCACAGUUUGGGCUGCUCUCUGUCGGCACUAUUAGCAUCCACGGCUUCAUCGAUAGGAACCCAGGUGAAGAAGCAUAUUCUCGGCCUCAUUACCGUUUGCCCCCGCUCUUCACCUCCGUCGCCUCAUGAAGUUACCGCGCUCCGCCGUCUUCUUCAUAUCCCAGGCCCUAUUUUUGACCUCUGGCGUUACUGGGAUCGGCGCGGUGGCUUGAGUAGUGCGAGUGUCACCAGACUGGUUGGGGUAGAUGCCGAUUCUGAUACGAGGGGACUCCAAGUGCGGUAUAAUAAACAAAGCAAAACCCCUGUGUGGAGACGGAUGGCAUGGGGAACGCUACCUACCUACAAUAACGAUGGUACAAAUCCUGUUGGGGGACUUCCAGGAAAGGAUAUCUGGGCGGGAGUGCCGACGCCCAUAUUGCUUGUGGCCGGCGAGUCCGAUACAGUGACGAAGCCGGAGGAGUUGAAGAAGAUCCUUCAAUUCUUCGAGGGUACCGAGUCGAUUCAGGGCGGGAAUUACAAUAGCAGUACCACCACUGAUGCCUCCGGAGUCGCUGAAGAGAAAAAACCCUAUAACCGUCUGGUGCAGGAGGAAGGGCAUGGCGUUCAGCCUCAAACUGAAGAGAAAGAACUGAAGGCUCAAUCCAAAUCAAACCAAACCAAACGUUCCAUUAAAACUGUUGUUCUCCCAGCCCCGGCCUCUCAUGCACUUAUAUACGAUCGUGCUACUUACCGCACCUUAGCGGGAGUGAUCCAAGAUUUUCUCCGUGAACAUGUUGACCACCGACUCAACCUUGGGUGGCAGCUGCAGUACUUGAACACGUCGGGCAAGUGGGACGUCAAGAAUCUGGCCAAGUGGCAAAAAGUGACACCUGUCUCGGACCGUAUUGCCAAUACAUUUGUAGCCCUCAAAAUGUUGCGCGAGGUCGAUGACGAGCACAACCCAGUUUUGUUCUCCCAGAAAUAUCACGAGAGGAUCUAUGCCGUGAUCGAUAUCAGUUACGAGAAUCCGGUGUACAACCCGGCCUCAAUGGAGAAGGGUGGGAUUCAUUACCACAAGCAUCCAACGGUAUCCAAAAUUCCUCCCUCGCCCGACGAGACCAGGGAUUUUAUUGCUCUCGUGGAUCGACUUAUGAAUGAGAUCACCGAGAGGCGGCAGAAACCUGACAGCGACCAGCGUCCGCGUCCAGCCAUCGGAGUUCAUUGCCAUUAUGGAUUCAACCGGACUGGAUUUCUGAUCGUCUGCUACCUUAUUGAGCGAUGCGGGUUUAGCGUUCAGGGCGCGAUUGACGAGUUCGAAAGACGGCGACCACCGGGGAUUCGCCAUGCGCAUUUCAUUGAUGCACUUUUUGUCCGAUACUGUAUUGGUUUACAGAGGGCUCCCACGCUUUAA